AAAGAGAUAGCAUGCAUAUCAAGUCUCAUCCCAACACAGCACAUUUACAUACUUUCUCUUCCUGAUCUUAAAUUACACCAUAAAUUAAAUUUAAAAAUGCAGUACCAUAUGCAAGAACUAUCAUCAUCAUCAUCAUCAUCAUGGGGAUCAUACCCAUACUACAUGGGAGUAGCAAGCAUGAACAACACAGGAACAUCAUCAAAUAUGAUGAUGGACCCACUAGAGAGAGUAGCAAGAUUAGCAUCAGAAAGUGCAGUUGUUAUAUUCAGUAUGAGUAACUGUUGUAUGUGUCAUGCAGUGAAAAGCUUAUUAUGUGGAAUGGGAGUAAAUCCAAGUGUAUAUGAACUUGAUCAAGAUCCAAAAGGUAAAGAUAUGGAAAGGGCUUUAAUAAGAUUGCUUGGUACAUCUGUUCCUGUUGUUUUUAUUGGUGGUAAACUUGUUGGAGCUAUGGAUAGAGUUAUGGCUUCUCAUAUUAAUGGCUCCCUUGUUCCUCUCCUUAAGGAAGCUGGUGCUCUUUGGCUUUAAAUUAAUUAACUUACUCUAAUCAUAAUUUUAGUUAUCACUAUAAAUUAGUUUUACUAGAGUAGUUAUUGACCAUUGAAGAGUACUUUUAUUUAUUUUUAUUUUUUUUUAUAUAGGAGUUAGUAUGAAUAUUAUGAUGCCCAUUAAAUUAAAGAGGCAAAAAAUAUUGCACACAAUUUUGGAAGCAUGAAAUGUGGAUAUGUGUGUUUGGAAGAAGAGGGUUGUAAUUUAAUUCUCCAAGGAAAAAAAUCAUCCAUAGUAUUGAUGUUAAUAAAAUCUAAUUUCAUGAAUUAUUAUGAGAGUCGGUACUGAUUUGUAAAUGAUGUUUAUUGCAUCACCAAUAUUCACUAGAAUAUUUUACUAUUUCAAACUGUUAAAUAUAGUAAUCUUACCUCUAUGAGUGAUAAGAAAUUGAGUUAAGAAUUACACUUACCUCUAUGAGUGAUAAGAAAUUGAGUUAAGAUAUUUUUUAUUUUGAGUUUUGACAAUGAUCAUACUUUUUUUUUAAUUUUUUUUUCACACAUUUAACUUAAUUUUCAUGUCAUUUAUAUUUUUCCAAAAUUCUCAUAAAGUAUUAAAAUAUUUUUUACAUCUUUUUUAUUUUUUUCUUAGUUCAUACUAUAAAUGUACUCUUAUAAACUACCACACCCUGCUGAACUUUGAUCUACUAUUUAAUAUCUAAAUUGAAUAUCAAGGAAAUACCAUCUGGAAAAAACCAUAUAGCUAUGGAUGAAGUUAAUUUAUUAAUAUGGGACAUAUAACAUCAAUAAGACACGCAUACGAAAUAUUUUAAUAUUUCAUUUAAUAUCCUGGACAUACACAACCUUUUUUUUUACUUACAUGGUAGGAUAAGAGAAUUAGAGAGACUUGAAAAUCAGAUUUUUACAAUAUUAUUUGAAAAAUGAUACGAAAUCCUACCCGAUUCUCGAAAUAUGCAGUUUUAUGAUUUUUUGAUGUUUAAGCUUUUCGUCGGCUGUUUUUUUUUUGUUAGAUUCUAUGCUACGAGACACGAGUAUUUUCUGCUUACGGAACAACAUUGACCUGUUUUGUGGCCUGACAACCAUGCUAAACCUGUGCUGAACAGUUAUUAACAUAUUAUGGUCUGCGUAUGAACUACCUCGCUUUGGUUUCCAGGAACAUUUUAUGGUUAUCAACUAAUUAUUCGUGUGAUCUCUUGUUAUAUACUAUAUCAAAGAGCAAAAAAAAUUGUACCUAAAUUAGACUAUUAAGAAUUUUAAUUUUUUAAACUCAGGCUGAUAAAGUCAAAUGACAUACUUCUUCUAUUUGAAGAUACUUGAACCAUUUGACUUUUCAAGUAAUUCAAUGUACUAAUUCAAUCCUUAACAUACUCUCUCUAAUCACUAAUAAUGUCUCAUUUUGCUUUAUACAUUCUAUUCAACGCACUAAUUCAAUCCUUAAUAUCUCUAAUAGUGCAUAAUUAAAAAUUAUAUAAAGUUGAUAUGAAUAAUUCUUACAUUAAGACGAAUUAAAUAAGAUUCAACUUGAAUAUGUUUUAACUUAUAGAUUAAUAAUUAAAUACAAACUAAGAGUGAAAGGUGAAUAGUAUCUAAAAACCAAAUGGGACAUUACUAGAAAAUUGGAGAGAGUAUUUAAUUAUGUAUAACAAAAAUUAUAAAAAUUUGAUAUUAAUAAUCUUUACAUUAAAACGAAUAAAAUAAGAUUUCACUUGACUAUAUUUUAAUUUAUAGAUUAAAAAUUUAUCACAAAUUAAAAUUAAUAAAUAAAUGAUGCAUUAUAUUAUAAUAUUGCAAGUAAUAUUAAACGACGUAUGUAUAAAAGUAUUUUAGAGCAGUAUGGGUAGAUAAGAAGCAAGGGGUAUUAGGCUGACGCCUGACGGUAUGAGAUAGGAUGGAUGAAUAAGGACACAUAAGACUUUAUAUUCACCAUCUAUUUAAUUACUCCCUCCAAAAUACACCAAAUUUUCCAUUUAGUUUUUGCAUUCUAUUUAAUGCACUAAUUUAAAUUUAAAUAUCUCUAAUAGUACAUAAUUAAAAAUAAAAAAAUUUAAUAUUAGUAUUGAUUAUAUUGACAUAAAUCAAAUCAGGUCCUACUUGACUAUAUUUUAACAUCUAGAUUACAAAUAAAAUAAAAACUAAAAGUGAGCGAUCAAUAAUAUCAAAAUAAUCAAAUGGAUAAUUUGUUUUGAAUGAGAAAGACUAUUAUUUUAUGGUGGAUAAAACUUUCAACUAGUCUCUUGAGAGACCGUCUCUUUAAGAGACAUAGCCCAAGUCCAGCCCAUUAAAGAUUGAUGUCUACUUAUCGUAAUCUUAAUCCCUACUUACAUUAUCCUAAAUGAUUAUUUACCGUAUUCUUAAUGCCUACUUUUUAUAUCUUAAAUGUAUACUUACAUCAUUCUUAAUGCCUAUUUACAAUAUUUUAAAAUAUAUAUAAUAGGCCGAUCCAAUUAAAUAUGGUCUUUCAAAAAGACUG